AUGAUUGCUCUCAGAGGUCAUAAUGAUUCUGGACGAGUGAGUCUUGAAGAACCUGACGAAAAUGACGGAAAUUUCCGAUCAUUGUUGAGAUACCGAGCUAACAGCGGAGAUAAUCUUCUUAAGGACCAAUUGAUCAGUGCUGGUGGAAAAACAAUGUACACAAGCCCUGUCAUUCAGAACGACAUCAUCAACACAUUUGGUUCUUUGAUUCAAUCCAAAAUUGUGGCAAAAGUAAGGAAUUCUAUCUUCUAUUCUGUUUUAGCGGAUGAAACCACUGAUAUAAGCCAAAUAGAACAAUUUUCACUUUGCAUUCGCUAUGUUGAUGAAGAAACUUUCAAAAUCAGAGAAGAUUUCCUAACAUUUGUCCCCGUUCAUGAUGUAACUGGUGCAGGUUUGGCGAAAACUGUAUUAGAGACCUUGUCAAAUUUAGGUCUUGAUUUGAACAAAUUGAGAGGCCAAGGAUACGAUGGUGCUGCCACUAUGAGUGGCAAGUUCAGAGGAGUUCAAGCUGCUAUCAGAGAAAAACUACCAUUGGCCCUUUAUACACAUUGUUCUUCGCAUACACUCAACUUGUGCUUGUCAGAUGCAAGUAGCAUUUCCUCUAUUAGAAACUGCAUGGGUGUCAUUAAAGAAAUAUGUGCAUUCUUUCAUGCAUCAGCUAAGAACACAGAGAUUUUAAAAUCCACGAUUUCAGAGUGCUUUCCUGAUGAAAAGAGAAAGAAGCUGAUUUCAUUGUGCGAAACGCGAUGGGUGGAGAGACAUGACUCAGUUAUUCUAUUCAAAGAAAUUUUAGAAGCUAUCAUACUCUCUCUACAUAAGAUAGAAGAAUCUAGUGUUUCAUCAACUAAAGCAUUUGCUUUAAGUCGUGCCAUUUGUACUUUUCCAUUUAUUGUUAAUCUUUUCAUUUUGAGCCAGAUGCUGUCGACUACACACAGCUUGUCUGAGACCCUUCAGAAAAAAAACAUUGACCUUAGUCAGGCUAUGAGCAACAUCACAACUGUUUUAGACCUACUGUCAAAACAGAGAUCAAAUGCCGAGCAAACGUUCAAACCAUUAUAUGAACAGGUGAAGACAAUAGCCUCCAAACUUUUUGUCACAGAGGAGCUUCCACGAUUUUGUCGGCUUCAAACAACACGCAACAAUGUACCUUAUACCACAGAAGAAGAAUAUUAUAGACGAGCAGUUUAUGUGCCAUACCUGGAUGAUUUUUGUGAAGCGUUAAGGGAAAGAUUCCAAUCUCAUAAAGACACAAUAAUAUCUUUACAAAACAUUCUUCCACAAUUUUGUAUCAGAACAGACAUCACUUCAUUAGAAGCUGCAUUGAAAUUAUAUGAACCAGAUUUGUCAUUUAACGACAUUGUGCGAAGUGAGUUUAAGCUGUGGCAAGAAAAGUGGAAACAGGAAAGACCAGAAGUUCUGCCAAAAACGGCGAUUAGUUCUCUAGAAAACUGUGACGAAGAUCUAUUCCCCAACAUUUAUAUCCUUCUAAAAAUACUAGCUGUCCUUCCCGUGUCAGUCGCUACCGUUGAAAGGACUUUCUCUAGCCUAAGAAGACUGAAAACUUACCUAAGGAACAGCACAUCUGAGAAUAGACUAAAUGGUCUCGCAUUACUCUCUAUUCACAGAGACAUCACAGUUAGCGACGAGGAAGUUCUUGAUAAGUUUGCUAGUGUACCGAGAAAACUGGGGUUUGUUUUGUAA